CCAUUAGAAAUUCCCAUUCCGUCUGUUGAUGUGAGUCAAUCAAGGGAGAACUAUUUCUUAGCUGGUAGUAACCUGGUACUAACAUGUGAUAUUAGUGUUGAUCCUAGUGUUGAUACACCAUUUGCUGUUAACGUAACCUGGAACAUGACUGAUCAACAAAUCAUGAGUAGCGGUGAUUUCGGAGAUGAGAGUGGUCCUAAUUCAAUGAGGCUUGCUGAUACUGAUCGUGUUAAUAUCAGCCCCGUUAUGAUGAGAUCAGGUUUCAAUGAGUAUAGAUCAACUGUUAAUUUCACUACAUUGAGCAGUAUUGAGGAUUCAGGAACAUAUACAUGUAUUGUUACUAUAGUACCAGCUCCAGCUUAUGAAUAUGUUAAUACUUCUGAUACUAAUUAUAUGAAUGUUAACUUCACUGUUACUGAUCCGAUGAUUGGAAGUUUCUCUGCUUCUCCUGACUCAUUUCUUGGUCUGGAGACCGUGGUAUCAUGUCCUGAUUCAGACCCAUAUGAUAACUUCACUCUUACCUGUACAGCCACUAAACCAACCAUAGUAAUACCAGACCUGGUAAUAGCAUGGACACAUAAUAGUGCAAUGGAAACUGGUACUGUGACUACUACUGAAGAGAGUAUGACUACCACUGUUACUAAUACAUUGAAUUUUACCAACAGCACUGCUUCUGAUUCUGGUACUUAUACAUGUACUGCUAGUAUUACUAUACCUGAUUCAACUGAUAUCACUACUAGUGAGGAAAGUACUGUGACUGUAAGACCUCAAAGUUUACCUGUUGCUGCUACUAAUGUCAUGGCUACUCCAGGAAAUAUUUCUGUUGUUGCUAUUGCUACUGCUGUUAUAUUCUUCUUAGUACCUAACAUUGCCUAUGCACCUGAAACCUACAGUGUUAAGUAUACUGGAAUGACCUUACAAACUACAGAACAAACUUCUAAUAUAAGAAUGAGCUCUGAUAACAUCACUGCAAUUAACCAAGAAUUUACAAUUAUGUUGGCUGGCCUUGAGGAAGAUAACACUUAUACAUAUACAGUUGAUUCUACCAAUUGUCUUGGUACCACUAGUACUGUAGGGAUGACAUUCAGAACACUUCCAACAUUGCCAGUGGCUUCUCCAUUGAAUUGUGCUAAUAUAACAUUUCUACCACGUAAUGUCACACUUACCUGGACUGAACCAGCACUAAUAGAUCAAAAUGGAGCACCAGUUGGUUAUAAUUUAACAUGUAUGAAUACUAAUGGUGUAUCAGUCAAUGGAUUGAGCCCAACACAAACUUCAAUGAACACAAUGUUCACUAUUAAUGAUGUUAUGCCUUUUACUGGUUACACUUGUUCUCUGUCAUUUAUUAAUGUGGUAGGAGAAGGACCCUCUACCCAGUGUACUUUUGAAACAGCACAAGAUACACCUGAUGAUGGACCACAGAACUUUGCCUCUGCCCCAACAAUGACAACAGUUACAUUUACAUGGAGCAGACCAUCAAUUCCUAAUGGAAUAAUCACUGGGUAUCAACUCAAAGUUGCAAACACAUACACUAAUAAUGACACAGUUUACGACAUAAGUGUAUCUCCUGAUCAAACUAAUAUAACACAGAUUGUUGAUAUGGAAGGGUUCUUCAGUGCUUUUCGGAGUUACUUUGCCACUGUUACUGCUAGGACUAUCAUUGGGUUUGGACCUAUAUCUAAUAUUAGUGGAAGAACACUACCAGACACUUCCAGUCCUCCUCUAUUGGUGACAAGGGAUAUUACUAUAUCUGGUACAAUAUUCACUACAUUACCAUCAGUGAAUAAUCACACCAUUAAUGUGACAUGGUAUCCUCCUACUACACCAAAUGGACGCAUUAUGAACUAUACUAUUGAUGUUGAUGGAUAUACUAAUGGAAAUAACUUGAUAAGACGUACAAUUACUGAUGUUGAUGAUAAAUACUCUUUUAUGGAACUGAUUACUAAUACUACAGUAUUAAAACCUGGUAUACCAUAUAAUGUCACUCUGGCUGCUUAUAAUGAGUUUGGUAGAGGAAUGCAAGUUGGAGUUACUGUCUUUACUAGAGUUUUGACUCCCAGUGUCUCUCCUAGUAAUGUUCAAGCUGUGAGAUCUGAUGAUGGUACUAAUAUGACUAUUACUUGGGAUAAAGUGUCUCUUGAACAAGCCCGUGGUUUCUUUGAAUACACAAUAAGACUGACAAGAUCUAGCAAAAAGAGACAGGGAGAAGACACUAUUAGAGUUCCAUUUACUGAGACCAGUUAUACUGCUACUGAUCUUGAUGAUCAAGCUACUUAUUCUGUAUCAAUGGGCCUAUCUGUUGAUGAUGGUUCAGGCCAGGGACCUAUUGCUGGACCUACUAGUCCACCCAUUGAGAUAUCCUCACCAGCUUCUACUGCUCCACCAACUACAAGUUCUAACAUUAGUACCAUUAUUGGUAUUGUUGUUGGUGUAGUCCUAGCUCUACUCCUGAUUGUAUUAAUUGUUGUCAUUAUAAUAUUCAUUGUCCGUCGAGGCAAGCAAGCUGAUAAAUUCACUGUUGGAGGCAAACCAAAAAAGAAAGAUUUAUUUGAGUUGCUUGAGUCCAACCCGUUGACACCAACAGCCACUUCUUCAUUCAGACAGUUGGAUGAUGGACCUGAUGCUAAUGGAGCCUCAGCCCCAGUGGUAACAGGAGCUGAUGGACAGGAAGAUGAUGACGUGAAGGAGAAGCCUGAUGAUCGUCUUGAUGAGGAAAUGA